AUGGCAUUAUUUUGCGAUCCAGGUUCACUUCCAAGAGAACCAGGGGUGGAGCAACUUCCUGAUCAGGGAAAAAGAAGACUGGAUGAUAUCGUUGAUGAGGGCCUCUCCAAACGGGCAAAGUUAUUAGGGCCUUUUAUUGUCGAUGAAUCUGACGAAGAAGAGCAAAAUACUAGUUGGCUUGGGAUCCUUGAAUCCAAGGCCAAUUGUAGCACGAAAAUACCCGGUGUGACUGCGUCACACACAGACUGUAAAAAUACCGCUUCUUUGAUCCCCAAUCUUGAUACAAUAUCUACCACUACUUUAGGGCGUCAGAACGAACACUUCAUCAUUCGCAAAUGUUCCGGAGCGCCAGUAUUUUUAAAACAGAGAAAUUCCAGCACUCUGCUUUCGUAUGAGCAACUUAUUGCCAGUCGAUCGGUUACGGCUCCUGGCAGAGCUACUAAAAGUUAUUACGGGAUCGACAUUCACCAACUGCUCAAAGAAGCGGAGGUCUAUAGGGCUAGCCGUAGCUCAGUAUCUACCUUAGAUGUGCACCAAUCAGUGGAGGUAACAUCAGAUUUGAAGCAAUCCGGAAAGGCUACUCAUACUCUAUGGACUGAAAAAUAUCGUGCUCGGAGAUUUAAGGAUUUGAUAGGUGACGACCGAACGCACCGGGCAGUUUUACGCUGGCUUAAGGGUUGGGAUUCGAUUGUAUUUCCAGGGCUAGCUAAAGCAAAUCGCCGGAAUACCAAGGACUCGGAACAUGAAGACCCCAUGCACCGCAAAAUCCUCCUACUAACAGGUCCUCCAGGCCUCGGGAAAACAACACUUGCUCAUGUCUGCGCAAAGCAGGCUGGCUAUGAGGUGAUGGAAAUAAACGCGAGCGAUGAGAGAAAUCGAGAUGUGGUUAAGGGCCGAAUAAAGGACGCAGUUGGUACGGAGAAUGUGAAGGGCAUUACUGUCGAAACUAAUGGGAAGAAAACCCGACAGCCGGGAAAACCUGUUUGCGUUGUUGUGGAUGAGGUUGAUGGUGUGGUCGGUGGCUCGGGGGGCGGCGAAGGGGGCUUUAUGAAAGCUCUAAUUGAUCUUGUUGCUCUGGACCAAAAGAAUUCCGCCAAAAAAUUCAAAAUAACCAAUACAAACAGCAAUAAUAAAAAGAGAAGAGGAAAUAGCUUCAGACUUCUUCGGCCUUUGAUCCUGAUUUGCAACGACGUAUACCACCCCAGCCUUCGACCGCUUCGUACAUCCUCAGCUGCAGAGAUCAUUCAUGUUCGUCAAGUGCCAUUAGAGCAAGUCGUUCAACGCAUGAGACAUGUCUUCGAAAAAGAAGGCAUCUUGUGCGACGGAGAUGCCGUACGAAGAAUCUGUGAGGCUUCUUGGGGAUUGAGUGCCAAAAGAGAUCGUCAAAUGAAAUCUCGCGGUAUUAACGAGGGUGACAUUAGAGGCGUUCUCGUUGCCGGGGAGUGGAUAGCUCGAAAGCUCCGAUACAGUGGCUCCUUGUCGACAAAUAUGAGAUUGACUAGGAAAUGGGUCGAACAACACAUUAUCAGAGAAUCCUCGAAAGACGGCUCUAUCCCAGGACUAGGACGUGGAGGAAAUAAAGAGAUUAUUGAAAGGGUGUUCAUAGAAGGUGCCGGAUUUUCCUACGACCAUGUAGGAGCCGACAGCUUUAAGGACCCUUAUUCCGAAGAUAGCAAUACCUUGCCGGUUGGAGUUGCAGAUCUUCGCAAGCGCCAUGCAAUCUGUCGCUUAAGAGAAAUGGUUGAUGCUGCUGGGGAGUAUGACCGUUGCGUAACGGAUUGUUUCCUCACAUAUCCUACCCAAACAUAUCAAGAUGACACUUUGCUUUCAAAACCCAAUGCCGCCUACGAGUGGCUAUAUUUUCAUGACUUAGCAUCAUCCAAGAUUUAUGCUAAUCAAGCUUGGGAGCUGAAUCCAUAUUUGAGCCAAUCUAUUAUUGGAUUCCACCACUUAUUUUCUUCCUUGAACAAGUCCCAUGCAGUGGCACGGAAGCCCGAUGAUGAUGAGGAAGAACAUCCAUUCUCCGGUACGAGAGCAGAUUUUUCGGCCUUUGAAGCGGAAAAGCAAACCCGCGCCAUACUUACCGAGCUAAGAUCCUCCCUUUCCGCUCCCCUACUUCGGAUAUUCCUCUCUCCUGCAAUAAUUACGACGGAGCUCAUUCCGAAUUUAACGCGCAUGUUGUCACCGGAUAUCAAACCAGUCGUAGUGGGAGGAAGCGGGAGUGAACGUGGCAUUGCUAGUGUUCGAAAAGAAAACGAACGCGCUCUUGUGCAGUCGGCAGUACGGGUGAUGAAUGGGCUUGGGGUUACAUUUGAAAAGACCAGGGUGGAAAUUGAUAGCGGAGCUCAUAGUGGAUGGAUAUAUAGGAUGGAACCGGCCCUUGACUCCCUUACAACCUUUUCGAAGACAAAAGGGACAUGUCUAGCUACAGCUGGGUCUUCGGCACCUGUGAGAUAUGCAGUGCGACAGGUUCUUGAUCAAGAAUAUCGGAAAGGGCUGCUCAAAAGCCAAGCAGAGACCCAUCAUACGCAACAUAGCACAUUAGCGUUUUCUGGAAAAAUAAGCAAACACCAAGCCGAUACAUCACAAGACCCAGCUACUAAACAUAUAGGGCUGAGUGGUCCAAAACGGGAUUUCUUUGGCCGCAUUAGGGAGUCGACUGCCGAGCAACGCCCUACUUCGAAUCAGGUGAAGAGAGGUCAAAACAGCAAACAGGAUGAGCAAGAAACGAAAGUAUGGGUUAGCUUUCACGAAGGGUUUUCAAAUGCUGUUAGAAAGCGAAUAACUAUGCAGGAGCUAUUAUUCGGCCUCUGA